AUGUGCAGGAGCGGGCCGCAGGCGUUGCGGGGACCCCCGGGCUGGGGCCGGGAACGAGGGCUGCGCACCAGCGUGGACCCUCCGGUCACAUUAGGGCAUCAGUUUCUAGUGCUGGUGACCACGUUCGCUAGAAGUAAACUGAAAGGUAUGUGUGAAAAAUCGGACUGCGAGGAGGCCUGGGCAUCGGGGAGGGGGGUGCUGGCGCACCAGCCCCCUGCCAGCCCCUGGGGCGCAGGGGCCACCUUUCCGCUGCGCCUGGCAGCCCCGGCUGCCGUUCACAGCGGGCUCCCGGCAGGGUGGCAGCAGGAGCGGUCCCGGCAGAAGGAGCUGCAGCCGCCAGACCUGGAGGGGCUGUGGGCGAUCCUCCCACGCCAGCCCCCGCCGCCGGCGCUCUCCCGGCCCCGAGCGUCGGGCGCGGAGCCGCGCUGCCGCGGAAGCAGCCUGCGCCCCGCACGGCCCCCGCCCCAGCACCGCGCACCGGUGCGGGCAGAGGGCGCGGGUAACGCAGCUUUCCCCGCUACCUCCGACAUGCCUGUUCGGCCAUUGCGUUUCCUACCGCUGCCUUUCUUCACGGGUGCGGGAACACAGGCCCAAGCCCGAAGGCGGCUGGGCGGGACCCAGGAGCUCCCCAGCGCCCUGGGGUGCGGCCACACCUCGGGGAGCCCUGGUCCCCGCCGAGGCCCUGGGGCGCUCGGCCUGGAGGAGCGUCCUCCGGUGCUGUCUCUCCCUCUCCCCUUCCCAGUGGCCUCCUUUGCAGCCCAAAGCCAACUACGAUUUCAUUUUGAUGACAUUAAAGCAUGGUAUAUCAAAAGUGCAUCCAGCUUAGCUCCUAGGAAGGCCCCGGAACAUAGGCUUACACUACAGUCCCAUCCCACGUCAAGGCAGAGAAAGUCUAAAACCUACAUCUUCUCCAUCCGCUUCUUAUUGCAGCAAAUCUUACCAGGACAUCUAAUGGGGAAAAAGAGCACUGGAGAUUUUCCUUACGUUUAUGAAGAAGAAAACAAGACCCCGUUUUCAGCAUUACCUGAAAAUAUCAAGCAGCUGGAAGACUAUCUGCAGUGGGAAGAAAUCUCAAAAUCUUUGCUACGGCUGCUGGAAGGGAAUGAAAAUAAAAGUGCUCACUUUUUGAAAGGAGGGCUUCCCUGGUCUGCCAGGAACACCUGGGAGACAGAUGACAAUAGCAGCUGGAAAGACAUGAUGGACUAUCUGCUUCAAGUUGUGAAUAUGAAAGAGAGCACUCCAAGCUGAAAGAAGGUCUCUAAAUCACGAAGAAAUUGAAUACUUUCUGUAAGAGACUAUAUUUCACAAGCACUUGAUUGUAUCAGAUAAUCAACAAGGUCUCUUUUCUGUAAACAAGAUUUCCUUUGUGUAAAAUAUCUAAAUACACAUAUUCUUGUAUGUUUCAGCAAUGACUAAACUCUCUACUUCAUUUUCAAGGUUGCUUUUUCUCACUUGAAUGGCUUUGAUAUAUCUAUAAUUGUCACGGAAGGGUCUUCCAAUUAAUUAUAUGACUUACCUAUCUAAUCAGUUCAUCUCUCAGUUCAAAACUACAUGACAUUUCAACGUUCACAAUAAAUAGUACUAAUAAAAAGGC